AUGUCCCCUUCCCUUACUACUGCAAGUAUUACUCUCCAGUAUUACCCCCUCUGUAUUACUCUCCUCUGUAUUACUCUCCAGUAUUACCCCCCUCUGUAUUACUCUCCUCUGUAUUACUCUCCAGUAUUACCCCCUCUGUAUUACUCUCCUCUGUAUUACUCUCCUCUGUAUUACUCUCCAGUAUUACCCCCUCUGUAUUACUCUCCUCUGUAUUACUCUCCUCUGUAUUACUCUCCUCUGUAUUACCCCCCUCUAUAUUACUCUCCAGUAUUACCCCCCUCUAUAUUACUCUCCAGUAUUACUCUCCAGUAUUACCCCCCUCUAUAUUACUCUCCAGUAUUACUCUCCAGUAUUACCCCCCCUCUAUAUUACUCUCCAGUAUUACCCCCUCUGUAUUACCCCCUCUGUAUUACUCUCCUCUGUAUUACCCCCUCUGUAUUACUCUCCUCUGUAUUACUCUCCUCUGUAUUACCCCCUCUGUAUUACUCUCCUCUGUAUUACUCUCCAGUAUUACCCCCUCUGUAUUACUCUCCUCUGUAUUACUCUCCUCUGUAUUACUCUCCAGUAUUACCCCCUCUGUAUUACUCUCCUCUGUAUUACUCUCCAGUAUUACCCCCUCUGUAUUACUCUCCUCUGUAUUACUCUCCUCUGUAUUACUCUCCUCUGUAUUACUCUCCUCUGUAUUACCCCCCUCUAUAUUACUCUCCAGUAUUACUCUCCAGUAUUACCCCCCUCUAUAUUACUCUCCAGUAUUACUCUCCAUAUUACUCUCCUCAGUAUUACUCUCCUCAGUAUUACUCUCCUCAGUAUUACCCCCCUCAGUAUUACUCUCCUCAGUAUUACUCUCCCUCCUAUCCCUGUGUAGUGUACAUAGGACUCGCUGUGAUUGGUCGGCGUCUCAGGUGA